GACCUGUGAGUUUGGUACACCUAUCUUGACAGCUCCUCCUAGAUUUGUUCAAGGUAUCUUUCACCAAUUUAAUGUAAACGGGUCCAGCACCAUGCAAUUUGCUCACUUGCAACUGCAAGUGUCUUGUACAAUAUUAAAAGCAUCCAUAACUUUAAUGAAUUCCCAAUCAACAUCACCAAGUUAGUCAACAAAACAUUAUCUCCAGAAAAAGAUAGACUAAAAGAAGGAAAAAAAAAAAGAACAUGAACAAGUAAAGAAAGACGCACAUCUUGAAACCUUUGUUUUGCUUUCCAUCUAAGCUUCUUUGGCCUCUCAACCCAUCUUGUCUUUUUGAAAGAAUUUAUAUUGCGGCAAUUGCUCUGCUUCUACUUGCUGUACAUGCUUUUACAACCCCAGAGAAUCUACAAUACUACUCUAUUCAGGUAAACUAUUGUUUGUUUUCUAAUAUCAAACUCAUCAUUACCUUAUUUCUGGGGGCCUCUGAGUUUGCUUAUUAGAUUCCUCUAGUGUCUGCAAUUGCAUUUUGCUAUUUGGAAAGUGGAUUAGAGGGAAGAAAUACAGGAUGAUAUUGCGAAUGUGAGCAAGGUAAGAAAAGCUGUGUAUAUGAUUUCAGAUUAGUGAUGGGAUCUAUAGGCAGUAGUAGUAGUUCAAAAACUUGGAUACCAUAUAUGAACAGCAGAGACUGUUCUCAAGGCUUUUGUAGUUUGUACUGUCCACAAUGGUGCUACAUCGUAAUACCACCCCCUCCUUCCUUUGAGUUUCCUCAGGACAAUUCAUCUUCAUCUCCAAAUUUCUCUCCUCUUGUUAUUGCAAUCAUUGGCAUUUUGGUGAGUGCCUUUCUUCUUGUGAGCUACUACACCAUAAUGUCCAAGUACUGCGGUAACGAGGACCGAAGAAGAACAAGACGCGGAGAAGACUAUGGCCAGAAUGAGGAGCUGGAUGGUACCCAAAAUCCUUCUAUCCAUGAACCGUGGUAUGUUGUGACUGUCGGCUUGGAUGAAGGUGUGAUAAAGUCAUUGGGAGUUUAUAAGUACAAGAAUGGAGAUGACUUAGUUGAAGGGACGGAUUGCGCUGUCUGUCUGAGUGAGUUUGAAGAAGAUGAGAGCCUGAGGCUGUUGCCCAAGUGCAACCAUGCUUUUCAUCUUCCAUGUAUUGAUACAUGGCUCAAGUCUCACUCGAAUUGCCCUCUAUGUCGUGCUAGCGUGGUUUCGACGAAUGCUCCAACACAUCAAUUGCCUCCUGUUGUGAUUGAAACUCCUCCAAGUAGUAGCAAUGAAGAUGAAAAUGUAAUCAUGGGGGCACAAGUUGCAGAGACGGGUCAUCCUCGAAAUGUGGAGAUAUUGCAUGGAGAUGUCAUUCCAAAGACACCAGUACGCGCUUUUAGUGAUUUGGGUAAUUCAGAAGAGAGGGAUACCAUAAUAGAGAUUGAAAGUGAUGAUGCAUUUGAUCAUCAAACAGUCAGAAGAUCAGUCUCCAUGGACUAUUUAUGUCAGAAUAAUCGCAUUUUAGUUGCCGAUAUUCUCCACAUGAAUGAUGAAGAAGAUGAAGAACAUGUGCAAGGGUGCUCACAGUUAGAGUCAGAUGAGAUUGCUGGUCCUUCAAAACAAUCAGUAGCUGGAGGAGUUGGAACUCAUAGCCGCAGAAAAGAGACUCUGAGACAUGUUGCAAUGAAGAGAUCAUUUUCGGGUGGGAGAUUGUUUCUAACUAGGCCUGCAAGAGCAAGGCAUAUAGUAAUUCCACUCUAGAAGAAAAUUGAAGUGGAAUCAUGAAGAAGAAAAAGAGAUCAAAGAAUUUGGUCUGAGAUAGCUAUUACAUUGAUUUGAGUGAUUACGAUCCUUCUUGUAAGUUGUAUUUCUUUUUUCUUUUGCAAAUUGAAAAGUUCUUGCACACAACAAGUCUAUACAAGAUUGAAACGAGAUUAGAACAACA